AUGUUUCAGUUAUUGAAGACAGCUCCGAAUUCAACAAAAUAUAUGAAGAAUAUUGUGAGCUUUGGUGAGGUUACAGAUGAGCAAAGAGCAGAAGCUGAGAGGCAUGGAUUAACAAUUUAUUCAUGGGACCAAUUCUUAAAACUAGGUGAAGGUAAAUAUUAUGAUUUACCAGAGAAGAAACGAAGCGAUGUUUGUACCAUAAUGUAUACAAGUGGAACAACUGGUGAUCCUAAGGGAGUCUUGCUUACAAAUGAGAGCAUUAUUUACUUACUUGAAGGUGUUAAAAAACUGCUUAAAACUAUCAAUGAAGAACAGGGUGAAAAUGACUUUGAUAAAUUCUUCAAUUUCUAUACGUCGAAAUAUUAUAAGUCGAAGUCACAAGUUCAAAUUNUAUGUCAUGUUCAGAGACGAGAUUACCUCUAA